CUCCACAAGAAUUACCAGCAAGCCCUGGCUCUAAUGUUUGCUGUAGAAGAGAUUAACAGGAAUCCCAAUCUGUUGCCCAACCUCACGCUGGGCUUCCACCUCUACAACGCCUACCACAGCGACGCCAGGACCUUGGAGAGCUCCCUGCGGUGGCUCUCUGGGCAGGGCCGGCUUGUCCCUAACUAUGGCUGCUGGGGGCAGGAGCGGCCUGUGGCCAUCAUUGGAGGAGCCACGUCAGCUCUGUCUGUCCAGAUGGGCCCCCUGCUCGAACUCUACAGGUAUCCCCAGGUCAUCUAUGGACCAUUCGAUCCCAUCCUGAGUGACAAGGCUCAGUUUCCUUCUCUUUAUCAGAUGGCCCCAAAGGACUCUUCCCUGCAUAAAGGUAUGGUCAGACUGAUGACUCACUUUCAGUGGACGUGGGUGGCUCUGGUGACCGUAGAUGAUCUGAGAGGGGAGGAAUUCCUUACACAACUGACAGUGGAAAUGGCGAAUCAUGGCGUCUGUGUGUCCUUCACAGAGAAGAUUCCUGUCAGUGAGAGAAGACACGCAGAAUCCCAGACUGCCUUCAUGCCCAGGAUCAUGGCAUCCCCAAUCAAAGUGAUUUUCAUUCAUGGAGACACAGAUUCAUUAAUGAUCUUAAGAUAUUCACAAAUGCCUUUUUUUCCAGUUUGGAAGGUGUGGGUCACCACCUCUCACUGGGACAUUACCAUGAGACCCCAACAUUUUGAUGGUAAUUAUUUCCAUGGGGCGCUUACAUUUUCCCACCUAACAAGGGAUGUUCCUGGUUUUAAGGCUUUUCUCAAGACAGUGAACCCUAUUAUAUAUCCAGAGGACAUUUUAUUGGGAGAAUUCUGGCACUCAGCCUUCAGGUGUAGGGAGAACCUUGAAAAAUUGAAGCAAGAAGAAUGUUUAUCAAAUACCUCUUUGGAGACUCUGCCUUUGUUUUUCUUUGACAUGACCAUGUCAGAUUUGAGUUACACCAUCUACAACGGUGUAUAUGCUGUGGCUUGGGCUCUCCAUGAAAUGUUCCUCAUGCAAUUAGGAAAAGGAUCUGUGGUGGAGGGAGAAAGCUGGGUGCCUCAUCCCUGGCAGCUCCACUCUUUUCUAAAGAAUCUCCAGUUUAACAACAGCGCUGGUGACCAGGUGUUCAUGGAUGAGAAUAGAAACCCCGAAGCGCAAUAUAACAUUCUGAACUAUGUGACCCUCCAUGUAGAUGCUGAAGUACUAGUGAAAGUUGGACAAUAUUGCCCCAAGGCGGAGCCUGGUCAAGAUUUCUCCAUAGAUGAUGUGGCCAUAGUGUGGGCCGUGUCAGGUUCAAAGAUUCCCAGGGCUACGUGCAAUGAAAGCUGUGCUCCUGGGUUCAGGCAAACUCCUCUGGAGGGGGAGCCCAUCUGCUGUUUCAACUGUUCUCUGUGCCCUGAGGGGGAGAUCUCCAAUCAGAUGAAUAUGAAGCAUUGUGUGACGUGCCCAGAAGAUGAGUAUCCAAAUCAAGAAAGAAAUCGAUGUCUCCCCAAGGUUGUGAUUUUCCUGAAUGUUUCAGAACCUUUGGGGGUGACUCUCAUCUGUGUAGCUUUUUCUUUCUCUCUCCUGACAGCCCUGGUCCUCUGGGUGUUUGUGAAGUUUCGAGACACCCCCAUAGUCAAGGCCAAUAACCGGGCUCUCAGCUACACUCUCCUCGUCUCCCUCAGCUUCUGCUUCCUCUGCUCCCUGCUCUUCAUUGGCCGUCCCACUGCCGCCACUUGCCUCCUCCGACAAACAACGUUUGGGAUUGUUUUCACUGUAGCUGUGUCCUCCAUUUUGGCCAAAACCAUCAUGGUCGUCCUGGCUUUCAGGCUCACAAUACCAGGGAGCAGGGGCAGAAUGUGGGUCCAAUCCAGAGUGUCCACCUCUGUCGUCAUUAUCUGUUCUGGGAUUCAAAUAAUUAUCUGUGGCAUCUGGUUGGGAAUCGCACCCCCUUUCCCUGAUACAGACACACACUCUGAACCAGGUCACAUCAUCAUUGGGUGCAAUGAGGGUUCUGUCAUUGCCUUCUACUCUGUCCUGGGCUACAUGGGCUUCCUGGCCUUGGGCAGCUUCACAGUGGCUUUCCUGGCCAGGAACCUCCCUGACACCUUCAAUGAGGCGAAGCUCAUCACCUUCAGCAUGCUGGUGUUCUGCAGUGUGUGGGUCUCCUUCCUGCCCACCUACCAGAGCACCAAAGGCAAAGCCAUGGUGGUGGUAGAGAUCUUCUCCAUCCUGGCCUCCAGUGCUGGCUUACUGGGCUGCAUCUUCAUUCCCAAAUGUUGGGUGAUCCUGCUGAGGCCAGACAGAAACACCCAGGAAAGGAUAAAGAAUAAAGUCAGUUCCAGGGGCAGGAAUCAUUCUGAUUCAUUGUCUGCUAAUUCCUUCCCGAGGCAUAAUCAACGUUAA